AUGCAUCCCCCCAAAUACGUCCACGGUCUUUCCUUCCACACUUUCACCCUGCGGAGCCGAAGUUUCGGCGGGGGUGAGGAGCAAGAGCGGCGGUGCACUCCUUUCUUGCCGGUCAAAAGCCCCUUUCUCGUGGCGGCCAGCUUGCAGUGCGUCCUCGGAUAUUUCGGCGCUCCAGGAGUCACUCGCGAGGCACAGGGCAAUACAGCAGUGUGUUACGCUGGUGCGAUGGCUUGGCCCCGGUACUUGGUAGUGGUGAUCGUGUUGGCCGCCGCGUGCGCUUUCUUGGCCGCGGCCGAUGAGGAGCAGCAUGCUGACAGCAUCGGCAGCACGGAAGCUCCGUCGGCGUCAGCAGAGACGUCCACCGUGGAAGACAUCGAGCCCUUAGUGGCCGAGGCCGUGUCACAGGCUUUCAAAAUGGGCCUGCCCGUGUUCACUCAGUUCGGUUCGGACCCGAACGUGACCAGCGAGUGCUCGGCCGCGCUCGUCAAGACGAUGCUGGGACUGCGCCGCAUGGAGCCCUGGGCCAUACGCAUGGCCGAUUCAAACGGGAAGCCUCCGCCCGGUAUGCUGCAAGGGAGCGUGGCCGACCUCGGAAACUACGACGAGUGCCUGGACGUGGUUGUGCGUGACUUUUACGGUGAUGUCGACUUCGUGGGCCAGUACUGCAGCUUGUUCGUGAACCCCAAAGGAGUUCCUUUCUUGCGGAAGGUGAUCGCCAAGUUCCAGGAGCAGGGAGAGAUGAUGGGUGCGAGAAACCCGAUGAACUGGCUAAAGCAGGACCUAUUCUUUGGCAUUCAAAUGGGCAUAUGCAUCCCGUCCACGUGUUCGGGCGCCGAGCUGCGUCACAUGGCGGCCACGUUGCUUCACCGGUACGGCUUCCAUACAGUGGUACGCGGAUGUCAGAUCAAGGACAGCAGACCACCCAAGCCCUACCAGCGUGGCCUGAUCAUAUUCCUAGGAGUUCUCUCUCUUAUUCUACUACUCGGCACUGCUUACGACGUUGCCCGCUACUAUCUCCCAGAGGAGAAAAAGAAAGUCCUUCCAGAGCCACUGACCAAGGUGCUGACGGCUUUCUCGGUUGUCUCGAAUACCAACAUGCUGCUCACGACAGAAGCGGCCAGUGAAUCAGACAGCAUAAAGCUGCGCUUCAUUCACGGCAUGCGAUUCUGGAGUUCAUCGUGGGUCAUUUUGGGACACACCUACUUCCUUGUCAGCGUAACCUCGCUGGCUGAUUCGUUCAACAUAAUCAAGUAUCACAGCCAGGCCGCGUUCCUCAUGAUCGCCAACGCCUACCCCUGCAUCCAGACGUUCCUUUUUAUAAGUGGAUUUCUUGUGGCAUUCAACGUGAUAAAGUACCUCAAGGAUUACAAAGGGACCCUGGCCGUUCCUAUAAUUUUGCUCCUGCUUCGACGAUACAUAAGGAUCACAGCACCGGUGAUGUUCCUGGUGGGAAUAUGGCUUCUAAUGCCACUCAUUCUCACGGGCCCGCUAUUCUCCGAGUACAAGGACAUCCUUUUUGGUCAAUGCGAAAAGAACUGGUGGCGCGUACUGCUUCACAUAAAUAACUGGGUGCCUUUCUUCGACAUGUGUCUUGGUCACCUUUGGUACGUCAGCGUCGAUUGGCAAAUUUACGCUUCUCUAUGGGUCAUUCCGAUGUUAAUCAUCAGGUACAAAAAGGUUGGCUUCGGAGUGCUCACCCUCGUAGUGCUCGUCACAUCUGCUAUAGUCGCGAUACAGACUCGUCUCUACGACUACGGACCUACAGCUAUAUACACCGACACCAACAUCAACAAGACGAUAGAUGCUGGUAACCAGGUGUACUUCAAGCCUUUCGCCCACGCUGGGGCCUUCUGCGUGGGCGUCGCCACAGGAUACGCUGUGCUCGCAUUCGGAGCUAUGAAAAUCAAUCUGUUGAUGCAGGCGGCCAUGUGGGUGCUGUCGGGCGUGAUAGCCGCAGUGGUGAUCUUCGGUCCAUUCCGAUGGUACAAGGGCGCCGCCUACGACACAGCCGACGCGCUUCUGUACGCGGCCACGCACCGCACCGCCUGGUCCCUAAGCUUGGCCUGGAUGACGUUCGCCUGCGCGACUGGCCGCGGUGGCCUGGUGAACCGUUUCUUGAGCUGGGCGGCUUUCGUGCCACUGAGCAGACUCUCGUUCUGCGCAUUUCUUAUGCAGACCGUGGUCAUUCUCAGUAGGAGCCUCGUCACCCGAGAGCGCAUUCACUACUCGCAUACCUCCAUGUUCCAGGACUUCCUGUUCGCCUUCAUGAUGACGUACAUGUGUGCCUUCCUACUGUUCCUGGCCAUCGAGGCGCCCGUUGGUAAUCUGGAGAAGAUGCUGUUCAUGGGCAGCACCAAGCAAAUUGCUCAGGCCUCAAAGCGCUCCAAGGCACCGCAUCAGCAUUCGCCAUCUAACAACGCAGCGCCCGUCGAAGUGGUCAUGAUGCCGCACAAAAGGGCCGACAACGGGACAGACACCGACCACUAUGACUUGUCCAAAAGCCGCCUCUAA